CGGAGAGGCGCAGGCGCAGUCAGUUCGGUAUUUACCAACGGAAGCAGCAGAGCCUAGUCGUAGUACAGGCCGCAAACAACAUGGCGAAGAUCGCAAAAACACACGAAGAUAUUGAAGCACAGAUAACUGAAAUUCAAGGAAAGAAGGCAGCACUCGAUGAAACCCAAGGGGUUGGACUUGAUUCAACAGGUUACUUUGACCGGGAUAUAUAUGGUGGAAGUGACAGUAGAUUUUCAGGAUAUCUGACAUCUAUAGCAACAAAUGAGCAAGAAGAUGAUGAUGAUGAGGAAUCUUCAGCAGCAACAUUUGAGAAAAAACCAGGAUAUCAUGCACCUGUCGCUUUGCUUAAUGAUAUCCCUCAGUCAUCUGAACAAUAUGAUCCUUUUGCCGAACAUAGACCUCAGAAAAUUGCAGAUCGGGAGGAUGAAUAUAAAAAGCAUAGGCGGACAAUGAUCAUUUCUCCAGAGCGUCUUGACCCUUUUGCAGACGGCGGCAAGACUCCAGAUCCUAAAACAAAUGCACGAACAUACACCGAUGUUAUGAAAGAAAAGCAGUUAAGAAAGGAACAGUAUGAAAUUCAUCAGCAGAUAGCAGAAAAGGCAAAGUCUGGUGAUUUAAAAGUGGUUAAUGGAUCCUCUGCUUCAGCAGCAUCACAACCAUCUUCAAAGCGUAAAAGGAGAUGGGAUCAAACAGCUGACCAGACUCCAGGGUCCACACCCAAGAAGUCCUCAAGCUGGGAUCAAGCGGAGGUCACACCUGGACACACGCCUUCAUCAAUAAGGUGGGAUGAGACCCCUGGUCGUGCAAAGGGAAAUGACACCCCUGGAGCUACUCCCGGCUCAAAGAUCUGGGAUCCUACUCCCAGCCAUACUCCAGCUGGAGCAGCAACACCAGGUCGUGGCGAUACACCAGGCCAUGCAACUCCAGGGCAUGGAGGUGCAACUUCCAGUGCACGUAAAAACAGAUGGGAUGAAACACCUAAAACAGAACGUGAUACUCCUGGUCAUGGAAGUGGAUGGGCUGAGACGCCACGCACAGAUCGUGGAGGGGAAUCAAUUGGUGAAACCCCAACUCCUGGAGCAAGUAAAAGAAAGUCUCGUUGGGAUGAAACGCCAGCUAGUCAAAUGGGUGGUAGCACUCCAGUACUGACACCAGGGAAAACUCCAAUUGGUACCCCUGCUAUGAAUAUGGCUACUCCUACACCAGGGCACAUUAUGAGUAUGACUCCUGAACAACUUCAAGCAUGGCGUUGGGAGCGGGAAAUUGAUGAAAGAAAUCGCCCACUUUCAGAUGAUGAGUUGGAUGCCAUGUUUCCAGAGGGUUAUAAGGUUCUUCCCCCACCAGCUGGAUAUGUCCCGAUACGCACCCCAGCACGUAAACUGACUGCAACUCCAACACCUUUAGGUGGCUUAACUGGCUUUCAUAUGCCUGCUGAAGACAAAACAAUGAAAAAUGUCAGUGAUCAGCCAUCAGGAAAUCUUCCAUUCCUUAAACCAGAUGAUAUUCAGUACUUUGAUAAACUGCUGGUUGAUGUUGAUGAAUCCACCCUUAGUCCAGAAGAGCAGAAGGAAAGAAAAAUAAUGAAGCUACUACUGAAGAUAAAGAAUGGCACACCUCCAAUGAGGAAGGCAGCACUGCGGCAGAUUACAGACAAAGCUCGGGAAUUUGGGGCUGGACCAUUGUUCAAUCAAAUAUUACCAUUGCUGAUGUCUCCAACACUUGAAGACCAGGAACGCCAUUUGCUUGUUAAAGUCAUUGAUAGAAUCUUGUACAAACUUGAUGAUUUGGUUAGACCAUAUGUACACAAGAUUCUUGUGGUUAUUGAACCCUUGCUGAUUGAUGAAGACUAUUAUGCUAGAGUAGAAGGCAGAGAAAUUAUAUCCAACUUGGCUAAGGCUGCUGGUUUAGCCACAAUGAUUUCCACAAUGAGGCCAGAUAUUGACAACAUGGAUGAAUAUGUCCGUAACACAACAGCCAGAGCUUUUGCAGUUGUCGCGUCUGCCCUUGGUAUCCCUUCUCUUCUUCCCUUUCUGAAAGCAGUUUGUAAGAGCAAAAAGUCAUGGCAGGCCAGACACACUGGUAUUAAAAUUGUGCAGCAGAUUGCUAUACUGAUGGGAUGUGCUAUCUUGCCACACUUGAGAAGCUUGGUUGAAAUCAUUGAACAUGGGCUGGUUGAUGAACAGCAGAAAGUUCGUACCAUCAGUGCCCUGGCUAUAGCUGCUUUGGCUGAAGCAGCCACUCCAUAUGGUAUUGAGUCUUUUGAUUCUGUGCUAAAACCACUGUGGAAAGGUAUUCGACAGCACAGAGGAAAGGGUCUGGCUGCGUUCUUGAAAGCCAUUGGCUACCUUAUACCUCUCAUGGAUGCUGAAUAUGCAAACUACUAUACCAGAGAAGUGAUGUUGAUUUUAAUCCGAGAGUUUCAGUCUCCUGAUGAAGAAAUGAAAAAGAUUGUUUUAAAGGUGGUGAAGCAGUGUUGUGGCACUGAUGGUGUGGAAGCAAAUUACAUAAAAACAGAAAUUCUUCCUCCAUUUUUUAAACAUUUCUGGCAGCACAGAAUGGCUUUGGACAGAAGAAACUAUAGACAGCUGGUGGACACCACAGUUGAGCUUGCAAAUAAAGUUGGAGCUGCGGAGAUCAUAUCUAGAAUUGUGGAUGACUUAAAGGAUGAAGCUGAGCAAUACAGAAAAAUGGUCAUGGAAACCAUUGAAAAAAUAAUGGGCAACCUUGGAGCAGCUGACAUUGACCACAAGCUUGAAGAACAGCUGAUUGAUGGCAUCCUUUAUGCUUUUCAGGAGCAGACCACAGAGGAUUCGGUUAUGUUGAAUGGUUUUGGUACAGUUGUCAAUGCUCUUGGAAAGAGAGUGAAACCAUACCUUCCACAGAUCUGUGGUACUGUGUUGUGGCGUUUAAACAACAAAUCUGCUAAAGUUAGACAACAGGCUGCUGAUUUAAUUUCUCGCACUGCGGUUGUCAUGAAAACAUGUCAAGAGGAAAAACUAAUGGGACAUUUGGGUGUUGUGUUGUAUGAAUAUCUUGGAGAGGAGUAUCCUGAAGUAUUGGGAAGCAUUUUAGGGGCUCUGAAGGCUAUAGUCAAUGUUAUUGGUAUGCAUAAGAUGACUCCUCCCAUCAAGGAUUUGUUACCAAGGCUUACACCUAUUUUGAAAAAUAGGCAUGAGAAAGUACAGGAGAACUGCAUUGACUUGGUUGGACGUAUAGCCGAUAGGGGUGCAGAAUAUGUUUCAGCAAGAGAGUGGAUGAGAAUUUGUUUUGAGCUUUUGGAACUGCUGAAGGCUCAUAAAAAAGCAAUCAGGAGAGCCACUGUGAACACAUUUGGCUAUAUUGCUAAAGCUAUUGGACCUCAUGAUGUGCUUGCUACACUGCUUAAUAACCUAAAAGUUCAAGAAAGGCAAAACCGAGUGUGUACCACUGUUGCAAUCGCUAUUGUUGCAGAAACAUGUUCACCUUUUACAGUUCUACCAGCGCUAAUGAAUGAAUAUAGAGUCCCAGAACUUAAUGUUCAGAAUGGUGUGUUAAAAUCCUUGUCUUUCCUUUUCGAGUAUAUUGGAGAAAUGGGAAAGGACUAUAUCUAUGCAGUAACACCUCUGCUCGAAGAUGCUUUGAUGGAUAGAGAUCUUGUUCACAGACAAACAGCUAGUGCCGUUGUUCAGCACAUGUCCCUUGGAGUUUAUGGUUUUGGCUGUGAAGAUUCUUUAAAUCAUUUGUUAAAUUAUGUAUGGCCCAAUGUGUUUGAGACAUCUCCUCAUGUAAUCCAGGCUGUCAUGGGAGCGCUUGAAGGCCUUAGGGUUGCUAUUGGGCCAUGCCGAAUGCUGCAGUAUUGCUUACAGGGCCUUUUCCAUCCUGCAAGAAAAGUCAGGGAUGUUUACUGGAAAAUCUACAACUCCAUAUACAUUGGGUCACAAGAUGCUUUGAUUGCCCAUUAUCCCCGUAUCUACAACGAUGAGAAGAACACUUAUAUUCGUUAUGAGCUUGACUACAUCUUGUAAAACGCUCUUUCUUCUUUUUUUUUUUUUCUUUUUCUUUUUUUUUAUGUUUUGUCUUUUGUAUUGUUCUUGCUGGCUGGUGUUAGUGCUCACCUAUGAAAAUGUUCGAUAGCAUGUAUUUGGGCAAGGCUGCUUAAGGCAUAGCUAUUACAAGUAGAUGUGGCCAACAAAAGCUGAAAUUUCUUUAUACAAGCCGGGUCUGUUUUAGACAUCCAUUCCUAUUUUACAAUGCGUACCUGAGGAAAUAAAAAUUUUAUGUGUAAAUUACCUGCUACUUUUUUUUUUUUAUUGUUAUAUAGACUUUAAAUGGCCUGUAUAUUUCUGCAGUGCAUUUUAAGCUGAAAAGUGAUCAGUUUGCUUAUUCUGACACCAUUUUGGGUUCUCGAAAGCUCAGAGUUGGGUAAAUAUUAAAGAUAAAAGCACUCUGAUGCCUUUGGAGUACAUGACUAUAUGUCCAGCUAUUUAGUAAUUAGCAAAUUUUCACUGACAGAAUGAAGUUUAGUCACCAAGGUGUAAGAGAAACCCAUUUAUAUCAUUAAACUCAGGAGGGAAUGAAAAGCAGCUAGAGCUGAAUUGACAUCACAUAUGUCAGAGCUGCUGGUAUGUGCCAACAAUAAAGUAUAUUAACUUGGAAGUGUUGUAAGGAUUUCCUUGAUAUUUAAGGUUUUCAGUUUCUGCAACAGAAUCAGGAUAAGUAAUAUAUUUUGUUACAUAAAAUUCCUAGUAGGCACUUGCAUUAAUCUGGAUUGGAAUCAAAUCUGUUUAGGGUAAAAGUGUGACCAUCAAUCGCGAGGCCUGAUACACGCUUAUAAUUAUAAGACGGCUUAUUCAAAUUAAGAUGUCAUGGAUGCAUAUAUAUUUCUUGGUAUGGGUCUUUGCCAAACUACUUUUAAUGACUGCUCCAUAGCACAUCAGAUGGACAGUUACUCAUUUUGUAUAAUUGGCAUCCCAGCUAUGACAAGCCAAUCUUUUUUUUUUUUUUUUUUUUUUGGGAUACUGAGCUUAAUUUUGUGUCCAACCCCAAAGCAGGGUUUUCCAGUCUUCUGUUUUUAUAGCUUUGAUUUAUCAUUUUAAAUAUCCAUUGUCGAUUCUAACAGAGCAGAACUUUUCUUUUUUUUUAUUUAAGAAAAAAAUUGUGACAAAAUUGUUGCAUAAACUUUCUUUAUCAAUCGGUAGCAAUUUAAAUGAAAGGGCACGUUUGUAAACGUUGCUUUGACGGUUUAGAGAAUUUACAAGGUAAACUCAAGGUUGCAACACAACAUACAAUUGUGAAUAUAAAAUGUCUUUUCUGUAUGCGUUUUGAUAUUGUAGGUUGCAAAAGAAUAAAAUGCAAAUUAAAUAAUAAAACCACAAGAACCAAA